CAGCAGUUUCGGAUCAUGGUAGAAAGACGGAAGUCUUUUGGUGUCAAGGCUCAACAGGAAAUGUACCACCAGGAAAAAGAAAUAUGUUCACUGAAGCAGGAACAUGAAGAGAUUGCAUUACUCUUGAGCCUUACAAAGUCACAGAGAAACAUGAUGUUAGAUGACAGAAAUUGUAUGGAGCUUAAAUUUCUUUUACAGACCAAAGAGGAAUAUGAUUCUCUGAUUAGAGCAACAAAAGCCCUGAUAGCUGAACUUGACGAGAAGGUAAUGGAGAUGGAAAAAAAGAUCAAAACCCAAAAAUUGGUUGUAGCAAAAGUGAAACAAGUGAAUGAUAGCAAAUGGCUGCAAAAGCAGAUUCAGAUGCUGGAGAAUCGCCUAAACCAUGUCACUGUCCACUUCGACACCAUCCUGACCACAAAUGCCACACUCAGAGAAGAGAUUGAAAACCUGCGAUGUCAGAAAGCUAUUUUUGACAACUUUUAUUCAAAACUUCAUAAAAAACUAGAUCAGCAAAAGAAAACAAUGGACAAUGCAAUUGAGCAGUCCAGCCAAGCAUACGAACAGCGGGUGGAGGCACUGGCACGGAUUUCCGCCAUGAAGGAAAGGCGCUGCAAAGACAUCACACAGUAUAAUGUGGAAUUCAGGGAACUGGAGCGUGUCUUUGACCACGAGACCAAGCUGAAAGCCUUUAUGCUCAUCAAAUUAGUGGAUCGCUCAGACUUUGAGGAACAGGCCAAAAGGGAAGAAGCCCUCAAGGCAAGCAAGCGGGCCAGAAAGAGCAAAGGCGAAAGCUUUGAGAGCUACGAGGUGGCUUACAUGCGCCUGCUGAAGCUGAGCGAGGAUGGGGACAUUGGCCAGCUGGUGGCAGAUUUCAUCGAGAAAGAGGAGAAGAACUUUGCGUAUUUCAGCUAUGUCACCGAGUUGAACAACGAAAUGGAGAGGCUGCAGAAGAAGACACAGGACAUUCAGAAUGAAAUUCUUCACUUAAAAUCCCAACAGAAGUUUGCUGAUGACAAAAGCAACACCAGCCUCAAGGAGAUGGAGGAGAAGCUGAAGAAAACCACUGAAGAGGCCAACCUGUACGAGCACACCUGUAAAGAGAGCAGCAAGGUUCUGGACCAGCUCAAAUCCGCUGUGGACUUUCUGUUUAAACAAAUACACUGCGAAGACACCAAGAUAAUGGAGCAGCUUGGUGAGAGUGGGGAGAUCACGGAUCUGAACCUGAUGCAGUAUUUUGGCAUCAUAGAAAAGAAAACCAAUGAUCUCCUGCUCAUUGAAUCCUUUCUGUGCUAUAAGGAGGUCGAGGGAGAGCAGGAUUCGCUCCCUUUAUUGAAUCCAUUUUUGGGUGGCACAGGACUCCUUAAGAGUACAGAUGCAGCGAAAUUACCCCCAUCUUCCCCUACCAUAGAGCACAUGGCAGAGAACAUAGAGGACUUUGAUGGGCCUUUGGACCAUGGCAGUUUGCGCAGCCUGAUUAUUGAGAACUUCGAGAAGGAAAAAUCUAGUGGGAUCUCGCUGGACAAAGAGAAGAAGAGAGGGAUAAUUUUAUAGACGGGGAAA